AUGAUGAGCAGUGAUUUGGAGCACGUUUCACUCAAUUCAACGACGGCCAGCAACUCCGGGACUGGGUCGGGCGGCCGAGGGCUGUCAGCCAACGUUCGGAAGCUGCACAACGCGCUCAACUUACUGCUCACUGACUUCGAGAGAGAACAAUUCAUCCACUGCCUCAAUGUUUACCACGCUAAACGCAACGUCUUCGACUUGGUUCAAACUCUCAAAAUAAUCCUCAACACGCCGAACAAACGACAACUCCUCCCCAUGUUGCGUUUGGUCAUUCCCCGCUCAGAUCAGUUGUUGUUCGACCAGUAUACUUCCGAGGGCCUGUACCUCAAAACGGAUCAUCUACCACUAAACAGUAUCAACAACCCUGAAAGCUUUGGAGGAGUAGGCAAUACUGCAAACAACUAUGUCCCAAUUCCCACUACACACUUUAUGAACCCGCAUGAGCCCCCGUUGCCUCAUGAUCUUUCUUGUUUCACAUCACCAGAAGCUUGCCCCUGCCCGGAUAGUUUCAGCACCACCGCGGAUGGGACAGCUCCCCUGUCUUUCAUGCAGGGGGAGGCUGUUGGAGAGAUCCGCGAAGUGACACUGAGACGCAGCAAGAGCAAUGAGGGCUUAGGGUUCAGUAUCCGGGGAGGUUCUGAGCACGGUGUGGGAAUCUAUGUGUCGCUAGUAGAACCCGGAUCUUUUGCGGAGAAUGAAGGACUGAGGAUCGGGGAUCAGAUAGUGACUGUUAACGGCAUGCUGUUUGACAGAGUCUCACACAUGGAGGCAGUCAAGGUCCUGAAAGGCUGUAAGAAGCUGGCCAUGUCAGUUUGUUCAGUGGGCCAGAUCCCCGGGGGGUAUGUCACCAACAACAUUUAUGCCUGGGUGGAUCCUCAUGGCCGCAGUGUGUCCCCUCCCUCCGACCUGGAGCAGCAAAGCACCCUGGGACCACAACACAGCCAGAGACGUACAGGACACACACAGGAGAAGACAGUAAACCUGAACCUGGACGAUGGUCUCUCUCUGGGCCUGAUGAUCAGAGGAGGGGCGGAGUAUGGCCUGGGUAUCUACAUCACUGGGGUAGAUCCCGGCUCAGCUGCAGACCACGGGGCACUCAAGGUGGGCGACCAGUUGCUGGAGGUGAAUGGGCGGAGCUUCGUUGCAAUCCCCCAUGACGAGGCGGUGAGGAUCCUGAAGACGUGUCGUCACCUGCUGGUGAGGGUGAGGGACGUUGGCCGCGUGCCCCAUGCCCGCACCGUGGUGGACCAGACCAAAUGGAUCAGCAGCCCCAUCACCCCUAGCCCACCGCCCAUAACAGAGAGCACCGCCAGCCCAGCCGCUACACGGCCAUCUUCAGCGCGGGCUGCACCUGUAUUAGGAAAGUCUGUGUGUCAAGGUGUGAGGCCCCUGGGUUUCCAGGUGUCUCUGGAGGAGCAGGCCUUCCUGCUGCUGACAGACCCAGAGAGACAGACCAUGGGCUACUACCUGCGGGAGUACCAGGAGGGACACAUCGGCCUGGAGCCCCUGACAAUGGCCCUGUUUGAGCUCUUCAACACUCGUGCCAAGUUGUCCCUGCUAUCUGAGGUGCGUAGUCAGGUGGCUCCCCAGGAACUGGAGCUGUAUGAUGGCCUGGUGCUGCAUCGCGAGAGGGAGGCUCUGAAGGCCUGUCACGGAGGAAUGGGAUCGCUACACCCUGUGCACCCAUACAGCCGCUGUCUACACGCUGAGCCCUCAGCCAGCCAAAGCCACUCCAACCCGGCCACUCUCUGCUCUACCAAGAAUGAAGUGCAGUCGACAGCCGAGUCUCCUCCGUUCUUCAAGCCUCCUCCUCCCUCCGGACCCGGACAGACCCAGCCCAGACAUCCGAGGGACAGGGAGAGGGAGCAGUCCAAGCGCCUCUUAUCCAGACACUCCCAAUCUGGCCUGGUCUUUACUGCCCCCACCAGGCUGCACCAGGAAUGUCACCACAAACACCUUAAAGCCUUCCAAAGCUUCUCCAACCACCAAACUUCCAACUCCCCUAGCUCUGACCUCCAUCACACCUGUCCCAACCCUGGCCAUCAUACCAGCUCCAACCCUGGCCAUCAUACCACCCCCAACCCUGGCCAUCAUACCACCCCCAACCCUGGCCAUCAUACCACCCCCAACACUGGCCAUCAUACCACCUCCAACACUGGCACUGGUUAUAGCGUCUAUCCAAGCUCUGGCAAUGACACAUCCAUGAACUCUCUUCACCACACCUGCCAAAGCUCCCUCCACAUCUCCACAACUACCUCCUCUGACCACCACACUCCCCAAACACACCAUGGCUGCUCCAGCUCCGGCCACCAUUCCUGCCCUGGCUCCCUUCAUCCCAAGCACUCUGGUCCUCAGAACAAGGACAAAUUCAUCAAGCUUCCCAUCUUCAGAUCCUGCUCCCAUGAGAAGCCUGUUACCUCCCCUGGUCCCUCCCCAUGUCUCUCUCCCUGUCUCUCUCCCUGUCCCUCCCCUGGUCCAUCCCCAUGUCUUCCAGACAGGCCCUGCUCCCCCUGCUCUCCCUCCCUCAGCCAGGGAGGUUUGUGUGUCAUGGCCGACACACACAGACUGACUGCUGAGGCCAGGCCCGAGCCCCAGCAGAGAGGCACCACAUUGUCCCAGCUGUCAGACAGUGGUCAGACUCUGAGUGAGGACAGUGGGGUGGACAUUGCUGAGGCACGAGGGCUCAGUAAAGACAGCAGUCCUUGGCCAACUAAGAACCAGGCCAGCCAGGCCACACAAGGGCCCCAGGGGGCCCAGGGGUCUGCAGUACUGGCAUCCAAACAGCAGCCUGGCUCUCCAGUGCCCAUACUUACUCUGGUACGUGUGGUAAAGAAUGCCAACACUCUUGGCAUUGCUAUAGAGGGAGGUGCAAACACACGGCAGCCACUGCCACGCAUCGUCACCGUACAGAAGGGGGGCUCGGCACACAGUUGUGGGCAGCUGAAAGUGGGACAGGUAAUUCUGGAGGUGAACGGGGUCUCCCUGAGGGGUAGAGAGCACCGGGACGCUGCUCGCAUCAUCGCUGAGGCCUUCAAGACCAAAGAGAAGGACCACAUUGACUUCCUGGUUACCGAGUUUAACACAGCCUUACUGCAAGGCCUUUAG